CCCACACCCGAGCGGCCAUCGCAGCGUGCCGCCGCCACAAGCGCUGCCCUGCCUGCUUCGCCACCACAGGCCCUCGCUAGCGCCGCCGCCGACGACACAGGCCCUCGCUAGCCCCUCCGCCACCACACUCCCUUCCUCGCCGUCGCCUCCGCUGCCGCCCCACGCCUUCCUCCUCCUCCCCUCCAGGCUCCUGCCCCGCUACGCAGCACCGGCAGUCCAGCACGCCGAAGAAGACCGUCGCCCGACGCAUCUACUUUCAGGGUGAGCAGGAUGGGGAUCCCUACCGAGGAAGAUCCCAAAGAGAUGAAGAACCACCAAAACUCUGUGGAUGAAAUGGAGAUGAAGGUGGUCAAGUUUUCGCGGGGGAAGGCUGCUAAUUUGGCGGCUCUGCGUGAUAAGAAAUUGAAAGGGCAGCUCACCGGAAAAGAGAAGUUAAUCGGAAUAUCUGCCAAAGCUGCUGCGCAAGCUGAAAAGUGGUUUUUACCUAUUGAGGGGGGCUACUUGGAGCCUGAAGAUUUGGAGAAGACAUAUAGAUUUACGCAGCCACAGAUAGCUAGCAUUGUCGACAUUUCGAGUGCAAGAAAACCAUUUGAUAUGGUCUUACCUGCACUUGGUCCUUAUACUCUAGAGUACACCUCAAAUGGUCGCUACAUGAUAGUAGGUGGGCGAAAAGGUCAUAUUGGUAUGAUGGAUAUGUUGAGUAUGGAUCUCAUCAAGGAGUUUCAGGUGAGGGAAACUGUGCGCGAUGUGGCAUUCUUACACAAUGAGCAACUCUUUGCAGUCGCCCAGAAGAAGUACCCCUACAUAUACAAUCGUCAUGGCACAGAAAUUCACUGUUUGAAGGAACAUGGCGAAGCGCUGAAACUUCAGUUUCUGGAUAAACACUUCCUCUUGGCAUCGAUAAACAGCUUUGGGCAGCUCCACUACCAAGAUAUGAGCACCGGCGAGAUGAUUGCAAAUCACAGGACAGGUCUAGGGCCUACAGAUGUUAUGCGUGUAAAUCCGUACAACGCUGUCAUUGGCCUUGGGCAUGCUGAUGGCAAAGUUACCAUGUGGAAGCCAACCAGCGUGAAGCCACUUGUCACAAUGCUGUGCCAUAAUGGCCAUGUGACUGCUGUUGCAUUUGAGAGGGGUGGUCAUCUUAUGGCAACUGCAGGUGUUGACAAGAAGAUUAAGAUUUGGGAUCUCAGGAAGUACGAGGUUGUGCAUACACACGCUGCACGAGCUGAGUCCUUGGAUUUCAGCCAGAAGGGGUUGUUGGCCGCCAGUAAUGGAUCCCUAGUAGAGAUAUACAGGGAUGUGGGGGGCCAUGAUUAUAAAGUUUAUAUGAAGCAUAGGAUGGUAAAGGGAUAUCAGGUCGGGAAGGUUUUGUUCCGCCCUUACGAGGAUAUCUGUUCGAUUGGGCACUCCACGGGGUUUUCUUCCAUUCUCGUUCCUGGAUCAGGCGAGGCCAACUUUGAUACCUUUGUUGAGAACCCUGUGGAGACUGCCAAGCAAAGGAGGGAGAGGGAGGUGCAUGCUCUCCUCAAUAAGCUUCAGCCGGAGACUGUGAUGCUCAACCCAAAUAUGAUCGGUAACGUGAGACAGCCAAAGAAGAAAGAGAAGAAGACCAAAAAAGAAGUUGAAGAGGAGAUUGAAGAUGCGGUGGAGGCCGCCAAGAGCACGAAGGUGAAGAAUAAGACCAAGGGCAGGAGCAAACCCAGCAAGCGGGCCAAGAAGAAGGAAGAAGAGGUCCUCAGAGCCAAGAGGCCUCUACUGGACCAGUACAAGGAAAUCGGCGGGCAUCCCGACAAGAAACAGCGGGUAGGCGACAAGGCCGAGCUGCCAAAGGCCCUGCAGCGGUUUGCCAAGAACAAGCAAUCAUGAUCUUGUUUAUCUAGCAGUUUGUGCUGUAGUAUCGUCUAUCAUGUACUCCCUCCGUUCCUAAAUAAGUCUUUGGAGACAUUCCAUUAUGAACCAUAUACGGAGUAAAAUGAAUGAACUACACUCUAAAAUGCAUCUAUAUACAUCCGUAUGUGGUUCAUAGUGGAUUGUCUCCAAAGACUUAUAUUUAGGAACGGAGGGAGUAGCUGGCAAGUAGUAUUUGAGUCCAUGUGGACAUGCCACAUGAGACAACGGUGGGAAAGGAUGCAGCAAAGUUUUGUCCCGAAAUAACUUAUGUUCUAGUUGAAAUUUAGCUCACUUCUUGAGUUGGACAUCCUAUUAUCUUGUAUGAAUAGGUUAGGCUGGGGCUUGAGUGGUU